AUGGCUAGAGAACUAACAGAGGAUGAUCCACUAUUGCCGGCUACACAUUCGGAUGAGCCGAGUUUUGGUUCAAACUUAGUAGUUGAUAUCCAGGACCAGCCGUUGUUACAUUUGGAGGAGGCGGCAAACGAUGUUUACGAAGCAGUGAUUGAAAAUGAACAAGAAUACGAUGAAGAUGAACACAAUGAAGACGUCAUUUGGUUACGGGAACAGCGUGUGUUGAACAAAAGCACACAUUGGCUAAAGAGACCAAGUGUGCUCAUGAUCGCAACCAUAACCUUUUUAUUGGCAUUCGCCUCCUCAAGUGCAGAGUCAACUAGGCAACUAUUAACUUUGAAAUUGGCAUGCAAUGCUCUUGGUGCAGAUAAAUGUACCAAGGAAUCGGCACAAGUGCUAAUGUCCAAUUUGCAAUUGGGCUACAGUAUUUCAGGAGCUAUCAUAAUGCUCAUAUCCUCGGGGAAAGUAGCUCCUUUGAGUGAUUUGUAUGGCAGGAAAAUAUUCAUUGUAGCUGUUGUCGCGUGUUUCUUUGUAGGUCGAGUACUGAAGUUGCUAGUCAUGUCCCAUUUCAACAGUUUGCAGUUUUAUCCCAUGAUCGCUUGUGAUGUUGUAUCGAACUUGUGUGGUGGAAUAAUGGCAUUGAUUGCAUUGAGUAAUUGCUACAUAUCUGACGUUGUUGAGCCUCACCAAAGAAUUUACUCCUUGGGCAUUAGUAUAGCUGCUAUGUUUGUUGGAUUGAGUAUUGGGCCAUUGAUUGGCAAUGCAGUAAUUUCAUUGACAACAAGAUUUAACGCUACCGUAGACAUUGCAAGUCACGAGUUUAUCCCCUUGCGGUUCGAAGUGGUGAUCAUUUUGCUUGAUUUGUUGCUUGCAAUUUUCAUCUUACCAGAAUCACGAUCAGAAAAAGCCAGGAAAAAAUCAAGGUCAAUUUCAAGGUCCCUGAGCCGAAGCAGUUUUCUUGGUGAAACCACCACCACCACCACCACCACCACCAACAACAACAACAACAACAACAACAACAACAACAUUAAUAACGAGCAAUCUUCAAAAUUCUCAACAUUUUUAGCUCAAAUCAAUUUCUUCAAGCCAUUGAAAUUGCUUUACUUACCUCGCGAAUUUGUCAGCCAUGCAAACAGACAGACCAUAGGUCGCGAUAGAUUUGCGAUACUUGUUUUGGUUUUAAUAGAUUGUGUCAUGAUGACAUUGGCAUUGGCAUUAGGUGAGAUUUUUGUACUUUUUGGUAUCUACAGUUACAAUUGGAACCAAAGUGAUUUGGGCCAGUUUCUAGCGAUUACAUGUUCCAGUAAAGCAGUUGUUUUGAUUGUUUUAUCCCCGAUUAUAAGUCAUAAAGUAUUGCAACAUGGAUUUGGAUUUAAGGUGUUCAAAAAGAGAUUUGAUAUGGUUGAUUUUUCAAUGUGUCUACUCGGCUUGGUAUGUGAGGUAAUUGGCUUUUUUGGAUUUAGCUUGGCUCCAACAACUCAAGUUUUUUUCAUAUUUACUGUCUUUUGUGGGUUUGGCUCCUUGAUUAGUCCAUCUAUUGGCUCAGCAAUUAUUAAGUUUUAUCCAGAAGCUAAAAUUGGAGAAGUUUUUGGAGCCAUGUCUUUAUUGAAAAAUCUAUUUGCAUUAGUGGCACCUAUUUUCUACUUGACAAUUUAUAAAUAUUCUUUGAGUCAGUGGCAUCGUCCAGGAAUCGUGUUUAUUGUUACAGGAUCAAUAUUGUUUUUUUGCAUGCUCAUGUUGAUCUCAGUGAAACAGGUACUUCGAUUAAACAAGGAUUCAGACAUCCCUUCAUUAUCCAGAAACAAUAUCAACUUUGACUCGGAGAUAGAAGAACCAACUCUGUCACAAGAAUCACAAUUACCACCACCACCACCACCACCACUACUAUCAAGUCCAGAACAAAUGCGCCGCUCUUCUGGUCAGCGCAGUAGCUUUAGUGAUUUGCAUAGGAACAACAGCUUUAUUCAAAAGGAGCAGAGCGGUUGA